UUCUAAUAACAAAGAAAGCUGACGGCCGCGAAAAAGCAUCUUCCUUUGCUUCCCAAUUCCCUUAAAUCGUUCCGAUUAUAUAAGUCAUUUCAGAUCCCUCUUUACACGUUCAACACAGUAUAACUUUUACAGAGAGUUCAUUAAAUAGAGACGUACAUCAAUUUGAUUUUCUGGGGAACAGAGAUGGGGAGGUUGAACAGAGCAGAGGAGGAGGCUUCAUUGAACGAGGCUUUGCUGUAUGUUACUCUUUGCAUCAUUGGACUUCCAGUGGAUGUGCACGUGAAGGAUGGCUCUGUAUUCUCUGGAAUCUUCCACACAACUUCUGUUGACAAGGAAUAUGGUAUUGUUUUGAAAAAAGCUAGAAUGACAAGAAAGGGUAAAAGUAGUGGAGCUUUUGUGGAAGGGACUGAGGUUGAAACACUUGUAAUCUCCUCGGAUGACCUUGUUCAAAUUGUUGUUAAGGGAUUUGUCUUCCCUUGCGAUGUUGUUGCGGGAGAUGUGACCGGUGACAGUGCAGAAGCUGCUGUUGGUAGUGUUCCUUCUCCCAAUAUCCCGUCAAGUGAGACAAAGAAUUUUGCGAAGUCCACUACAGAUGAGAAGACAGUUAAUCACAUCAGGACUCCAAUCCAAAAUGAGAGUGGAUCUGCUUACGCUUUCGUACCAAUAAAAGAUGGGAAGGAGAAUGAAACGAGAAAACUGCAACUAACUCAUAGAGGGGAUGACAUGGACGUUAAGCAUGGGAAAAGGGAUGAAAUAAAUAUAGAGAAGGGUCAAGAAGUUUGUGAUGCCUUGGUCACUACAAGACAGGUUGGAGAUGACUGGUCACGAAGGAAGCUGGAUGAUUACAAAAUAUCUGAGACUCAUAAGGAAAAAAGUGCUGACAAAGUACAAGGCCUAAGAUCAAGCAAAGAAAUUAAUGGAGAAGGCAAAGUUGAUACUUGCCAUCCUGUUGGCAGAGAAUGUGCAAAGAUGACAUCCAAGCUGUCGCCAAAUGGAGUAUAUCAUGAUCCUACCGGUGUUCCUAAUGAGCCAGAAAAUAAAAUCUAUGAACGGCUUGCUUCUACUGACACUUCUCCAGAUACUGCUUGUUCAACUCUUUCAAUCUCUUCCAGCACAAAUACUGUCAUAGGUUUUAGUUCAAUUACAGCUUCAGCUGAUGUGAAUCCUUCUCAGAAGUCAGAAUCCAAUAGAAGCUCUAAGGAAUUUAAGCUCAAUCCUGGAGCAAAAAUCUUCUCUCCCUCUUUUGCAAAUCCUCUAUCAGCUGCUCCUUCUGUAACAAUGUCAGCGGCAAACGUCGGUUACAUGCCUCCUAUUGUACCUGCUGCUGCUGCUGCUCGGCCAGAAGUUGGAAUCACUGCUUUUGCACCUCGGUCAUCUGUGCCUCCAAAAAUUUCCGCAUACAAUAAUUUGACUGCUGCAAAUAGUGGCACUGUUUCUCAGUUUUCCCAACCUGUUGCCGGACAUGCGGGAGGGAGGACACAACCUCCUAGAUACGCUACUCAGUAUCAUCCGGUCCAGGCUGGGCCGGGAUAUGUGCCUCCAAAUUCUCAAGCUGUUAUGAUUGGACGAUUCGGGCAGCAUGUUUAUGUGCAGCAAGUUCCUCAGGAUUUCGUUCACGGUGCAGCUGCUAUUUCAACAAUGUCUGGACGUCCUCUAUUGGCUCCGCAUCAGGUCCAAAUGCCAAAGCAUCAAGGAAUUGGAGGACAAGCAUUGCAGCUAUGUGUGGCGCCUCCUUUUGUGGCAAAUGGACAGCAACCAUUUGCAGUUCCAAGCCACAUUCCACUUUUGCAGCAUCCCAUUCCAGCUAAUACUCCCAUGCCACUCCCAGGAUCAAAUGCUCUCUUCAACAACAAAUUUACCUGAACAAACGAUUUUGGUAUCUCAUGUCACAAUUUUCCCUGCUCCUAGCUGAAGAUAAUAAUUUUUUGCCUUCAUUUGCUGUCGGUAUCUGGGUUAGUGGCACUUGUCCUAAUCAACUGAGAGGGAAAAAAAUUUCUGAGGGUCAAUGAUUAUAGGUCCAUAUAGAGAAACUUUCUUCAAUUCUCUUUAUUUGUUUUCUUUGGUGGGGGGGUGUUAUUUUUUAUAUUGUAGCUUGAGAAGAGCAUGGUGUAAAUCAUUGGACGUUGGGUUGCAAUUUUUUAUUACAUGAAAUCAUUUGGAAAAUUUCUCUCCUGCUGAUUGGCUUUGUAUUCUAUGAAUAUAUUGCCAGACAAGAGGUCUUAUUUGGAGGGAA